UCGUCCUCCUCUCCUCACUCUCUCUUCCACAGUCACCACCACCACCCACCUCCACCUCUUUCAAUUUCAUCUCUCUACUGAAUGUCAGCACCACCACCACCAAGAACACCACAUUUUACCAAGAACCCCAAUUUCAGUUCCAAUUCCAACCAAAUACGACUUCCAUCCGCAAUGCUUAGUACUCUAUUUUCGAUUCUCAGUUCAUACAGCUCAUCACAUAAAUUACAGGCAUGUGUUUCUCCACAUUCUCUCUUAUUAUAGUACGAUGGAUUUCAAACCAGCAGAUAUAAAAUCACUCACAACCUUAACUGGAAUUACAACUACCUUAACUGUUUGGGUUAAUGCCCAAGAGAAUACCCUUGUUCCCUGCGGAGUUUUUCGAUCAGUACAAGGUUGGUGAAUUGACUGGGUUGAUAACAUCUGAUUUGGGUUCACUAAAAGAUGUUGUGACCGAAAAUACCUCACGUAUUCGUGGUUUUAGGGCUCUUUCUGAGGUUGGAGGUACAAUAUGCAUUCUUUUUGCACUAUCUCCCCAACUUGCUCCAGUUCUUGGGCUACUGACGCUUUCUGUGACAUAUUUUGCUGCUAUAUACAAGAGGUCAACUAUACCCGUCUUCAAAGCACAUGGGAAGGCCCAAGCAUCUAUAUCUAACUGUGCAAAUGAAACCUUUUCAGCUAUUCGUACUGUUAGAUCAUUUAGUGGUGAAAAGCGUCAAAUGUCAAUGUUUGGAAGUCAAAUUCUGGGUUAUCGGACUAGUGGCGUAAAACUUGGAACUCAUAAAUCGGCCAACGAGGCUGUGACAAGAGUUGUCAACUACAUAUCUCUGUUGGCAUUAUAUUGUCUUGGCGGAAGCAAAGUUAAGGCGGGUGAAUUAUCUGUUGGAGUCAUGGCGUCUUUUAUUGGAUACACGUUCACUUUGAUUUUUGCUGUUCAAGGGUUGGUUAACACAUUUGGCGACCUACGUGCAACUUUUGCUGCUGUGGAGCGGAUCAAUUCUGUCUUAUCUGGGACAGAAAUUGAUGAAUCCCUUGCUUAUGGCUUAGAAAGAGAACUCCAUAAAAAAGAAGGCUCUAGUGGGAAUCUUGAAUUAUUCUACGAUAAUGAUUUCACUGAGAAAAAUGUAGCUCUAAAUGAGCAUUACAUGUCAGCGCUGAAUUCAUCUGGUAAUGGGUGUGGUGUAGCUUGGAACGGCGAUAUUAGUCUUGAAGAUGUUUACUUCUCUUAUCCUUUAAGGCCUGAUGUUGAAGUCUUAAACGGUAUUAACCUAACACUUAAAUGUGGUACCGUAACUGCUCUGGUAGGUUCAAGUGGUUCAGGGAAAAGUACAAUCGUUCAACCAUUGGCUCGUUUCUACGAGCCAACCGGAGGUCGCAUAACUGCAGCAGGAGAGGAUGUGCAAACCUUUAAUAAGAAUGAAUGGGCUCGCAUAGUCUCUAUAGUGAAUCAGGAACCUAUCCUCUUCUCGGUUUCUGUUGGAGAAAACAUUGCUUAUGGCCUUCCAGAUGAUAACGUUUCCAAAGAGGAUGUGAUUGAUGGUGGGUAGGAGCAUGAUCAGAAGGGAAAUGGUGUUGACCGUUUUAACUCCCACCUGCUGCGUCAGUGGCUGGUGUUGGUCUUCUUGACCCAUGUUGAACGUGUGUCCAUAGAACUAGUACUCUAUAAAUUCCAUUUUCAUAACCAGCAGUUUGUCAAUUUUCUUGCAUUACUCUUUUCUUUUCAAUAUUUCCUUGAAUAUAAAAAUUUAUUUUAACUCAGGCCACCAGUGCGUUAGACACAGUUCAGAAUGCUCACCAGAUAACUCUCUGUUCUGAUGGGAAAAUCGCAGAGCUGGGGACUCAUUUUCAGUUGUUGGCAAAGAAGAAGGGUUUAUAUGCAUCAUUGGUUGGGACACAGCGACUUGCAUUUGAGUGACUCCAAACAACAAUCUCUCUCUUCUGCUGCAACGAGCAUAAUUGCAAGAGCAACUGUGUAAGCCUAAAAGUAUGCUGCAAGUGUUCUUUGUUAUUUUGUUCAAUUCUGUAUAAUAUACAGUGAUAGGCAUUCUUAUACACCACACAAUCUACACUGAAAAAGAUAUUAUCAUGACAAGUUUCAUGCUUCAAAUUUUUACUUGAUAGAAAAAAAUAGAGAGAAAAGAAUAAGCAGAAAAAAAAAUGUUACUCAGGUUCAUGUAUAAUUGUCGAGAUCUUGCAUUUGAUUCAUGUAAACUUAUAUCAUAAACACACUGUAUCAGAAGUCCUAAUACUUGUUUACUGAGCACAGUGAUCAUAUCUAAUCAUGUAUAGGCCUGUGUUGACAGGGUGUGAUAAAA